UAAGUUGGCAACAGUGAUAAUGACUGCCGGCGGCUUAAACAGGUUCGAAAAAGUUGUAUACUUUGUUGUUUAUAUAGCUUAUAUUGUUAUUGGACUAUAUAAAAUCUAUGCGCUACGGGAUCGUGUCUUAUCCACGUCCCAGUUCCAAUUCGCUGAGGGCUGGCGACUACUGCAGCGGGGUAACGAGGUGAGAUUGCGUGAUAACAGCAACGAUGAGCUGGAGAAUUUUGGGGAUUUCCUGGCCACGUUUUGGCCGUACUACUUGCUGCAUGCGCUCUUGAGCGGCGUCUUGCGUUGGAAAUGGCCUCAUCUGCUACACCAUGGAUACGUGGCAGUCAGCGCAUUGGCGCUGCUCCUUAAUCUGCACUGGACAUCAUUGGCCAUGUUAUCAGCUCUGAUCGUCAGCUAUUAUCUGUCGGCGCAGCGACGUUCCAAGCGCUUGACUUGGCUGCUGUCGGGCCUUUGGGUUGUGGCCAUUAACAUUGCCAAGAACAGUCAAUGGUGGCUGAACCAAGUCGGCUAUGCAGAGUACGUGAUGCUGAUUGUCACACUCUCCUGGAGCGUACUGCGUGGCUGCAGUUACUCCUUGAAGAAAGUGGACAAUGCCGGCUUUGUUGAAUACCUGGGAUACGCCACGUACUUUCCCUGCCUCACCCAUGGACCAUUCAUCAGUUAUGAGCGUUUUGUGCAGCAACCCAUUGAGGGAGAAUGCGAGUCUUCAAAGGAUUCCUGGAAACGAUUCCUUUUGGCCUUGUUGCGUGUGGGUUUCUGGUGGCUAAUGAUGCACUGGGCACUUCACUUCUUCUACAUACACUAUAUGGGACGAGAUGUGCGUGUUGUUGCCAUGAUGGAUUCAGUUUUCUGGCAACACUCAGCUGGUUAUUUUAUGGGACAGUUCUUUUUCAUGUACUACGUUGUCACCUAUGGACUGGGCAUUGCGUUUGCCAAGCAGGAUGGAAUUGCGGCACCUAGACGACCACGCUGCAUUGGUCGCAUUCACUUCUACUCGGAUAUGUGGAAGUACUUUGACGAGGGUCUCUACGAGUUCCUCUUCAAGCACAUCUACGCUGAGCUCUGUGGCAAACAGUCAUCUGUUAUGGCCAAGGUCUGUGCCACGGCGUUUACCUUUGCAUUCGUCUUCAUCUGGCAUGGCCUUCAUACGGACGUACUCAUCUGGAGUGUACUUAACUUUCUCUGCCUGGGAGCGGAAAAGAUAUAUAGAGCUCUUGUCUCCCUGCCCGCCUAUCAGCAGUGGUCGCUGCAGCUCUUUGGCUCCGCCGGAGCACAACGUUUCCAAGCACUGCUUGCCACACAGCUCUUCAUACCCGCCGCCUUCUCCAAUGUUUACUUCAUUGGCGGCAAAGAGAUCGGUGACUUUCUAAUGAGAGGCGCCUAUUUAAGUGGAGUGGGCAACUAUUUGGCGCUGUGUUUCUGCAGUUAUUGCUUCUUCCAAUGUUCCGAGCUGCUACUGAGCAGGACGACAAACCACAAGGACAAGAUUAAAUCAACUUGACAAUAAUAUUGUGAUUAUCUUGUAUAUACUUAAAUGUGAAACAAGUCUGAAAACCAAUUAAACCCUUUUGUAACAAAUG